CAAAAGCAUAACAUCUCUUUAUUGGGAUCUCAACCUUUCAUAUUUUCUCUGACAAUUAAACAAAAAAGAAAAACAGACAAGAAGAGAGAAGAAAGAUGCCUCAUGGAACUCUUGAAGUUGUUCUUGUCAGCGCCAAAGGACUUGAGGACACAGAUUUUCUGAACAGCAUGGAUCCUUAUGUGCAAUUCACUUGUCGGACUCAAGAUCAGAAGAGCAAUGUCGCAUCAGGACAAGGCACGACUCCAGAAUGGAACGAGACAUUUAUCUUCAAUGUCUCUGAAGGAACAACAGAGCUAAAAGCCAAAAUCUUUGACAAAGAUGUUGGCACAGAGGAUGAUCAUGUUGGUGAAGCAACCCUUCCAUUGGAGCCGGUUUUCUUGGAAGGAGAGAUCCCACCAAGUGCAUACAAUGUGGUGAAAGAUGGAGAGUUCAAAGGCGAGAUCUGGAUCGCAUUAUCCUUCAAACCUUCGGAAAACCGAAGCAGGGGGUUUGAAGAGGAGUCUUAUGGAGGCUGGAAAAACUCUGAAGCUUCUUACUAAUUAAAGAGAUCAAAAACACCAAAUGUGUGUGUUUACUGUUUCAUUUUGAGUCUUGACAAUAAACUGUUCCUUUGUCUUGUUAUGUUUAUUAUUAUUAUUCUUGUGUUCUGUUUGGAUUUAAUGAUUAAAAGCUCCAGAGAUUUUUGAUU